UACUGCAAAGGAGAAAGAAUGGGUAGGCAUACACCGCAGGACUUAUCCAGCUGAAAGCUCCCCACUCACCCCCACCCCUUCUUUUUUCUCCGUACUGUGCUAUCCGUCCCUCCUCACCCCUCACUCUCUCACUCUUCCCAUCCCACUCAAGAAUUUUUCACUAAGUCAUAGACACACACCGAGGACCAAGCCAAAGGAAAACAAGAUAGAACGACUAACAAAAAAGAAGGCAGAUGGAUGAACGUGAGCAUGGAAAAGUGGACAUGGAAGUACGGAGGACUGGAGGAUCGUUCCCUCACAGAAGCACAAGAUGUGGUGAUGGGGUUCAUGCUAGCGUUGUCAUCACUCUUCUGAUUGGGGUGUGGUGUGCACAGGCACUGGAGGUAUCAGUGGGGAAGGUUAACUCUGUAGAGGUGAUGAAUGGCAGCUCCGUACUCUUACCUUGUACCUACAGUAGCUGUAUCGGCAUCCAAAACCUGUACUUCAACUGGAAGUAUAAUGACAAUGGGACGAUGAAUAAGCUUUGUGAGGGAGUGAUACCAGGAGAGGGCUUGGAGCCUCAUGUGAUGAUGUACCACGAGCGGUUGAUGUUUGUGGGCUCCAGUAAGGAGAGUAACAUCUCUGUCCUGCUGUGGAACGUCACCUUCGAGGACGAGGGCCAGUACACCUGCUUCGCCCGCAACCCCAAAGAGAAGAACCGAAACCACAGUGCUAUAUUUAACCUCAUCGUAGUCGACCAGCUUAAGGAAGUGGACAACACACUGACGGUCAUCAUUGUGUCUGUGGUCGGAGGGCUGAUCGGGCUGAUCAUUAUAGUCAUGGUAAUAAAAGCAGUGGUCCUCCAUUUCCUCAACAAGGCCCAGGAAAAAAAUAAAGAGUGCCUUGUGAGCUCUUCAGGAAAUGACAACACAGAAAACGGCCUUUCAGGUUCCAAAGCAGACAACAAAGCUUCACCAAAGGCAUAAACUGAGUGCUUUACUCACAGAGAGUUGGAUAUUACAGCUAUAAAUAUGGACUGUUUUAUCCUUCUGCAAAAUAAUAUGUUAAUAUUAAGAUAUAUUCUAGAAUUCUGCUCUAUAUAUUUUAGAAAUCUUUAGUCUGACUUUUGGGCUGGAUCACACACCUUUCAGCAUCUCUCACUUUACACCUGCUUUAAUUUUACUGUGGAAAUGUCUUAGGCACAAACAAUAAGGUGUAAAUAAAUCAGUCUAUAAAUUGCAGUAAACUGUAAUAACCUAAAUUCAAUAUCCACUGUUUAAUGGAGUCAUUAGACUCGUGUCCAUGCUGUUCUUCAGGAGACUUUACUUCUUCUGUUUCAGUGGAGGCUUCUACAGCCUGCAUCAUCUUAUAAUCGUCUUUCUUCUGACUGACUAGAUUUUGGUAAAAAAAAUGUAAUAUUUGAAAAUAAGUGUUGACUUAAAGUCACAAACUAAAGCACUAAUACACCAUUUGUUAAAACCUGAGACUUUUCUACAGUACUGUAUACACACAUGCACAAAGUGCUUUAGUAACAAGGUGGUGACCACAUUACUGUUAUUUACUCACGAAUCACACGAGUGUCACGUGACUCUGUUCACUGAAUCGUCUUUAGAUCAAAGACACGUAGAUCAUUUCCAUUUCACUUCCUGAUUCAGGAGGAAGGUGAGCAGGAAGUGAGCGCUCGGCACCCCGUGGGCCGAGUGUUGAGUGCUUAGUGCUCAGUAUUUAUCCACUCAUUUCUUCAGGGCUAUCAUUCAAUUUAUCACCUGGAUUUAUAAACUGGGAUGAAUUCAACUAGUUUAACAUGAACAGGAUUUAUGAUGAAUAUUAACCACAAAUACAAGCUACGAUGCGGCCCAGAUGUUACACCUCUUUAUCUGUGACAUGUUUAAAGGCGAAUCCAGCCCAAAAGCAGAAAUCUUUUAUUUGCAAACACAAAUAAUGUCCUGGAGAUCCAGUACGCUCGUUAGAUGUCCAACACACCUGGUUUCACCUGCAAGGUAUCUGAGUUAUUAACUAAGGGAUGAGCUCGGUGUGUUGGACAAGAGAAACUUUACAGUAAGUACUGUGUCCUUCAGGGCGGCUUUAUUAUACUAAUAUCCAUAUAUAGGGAAAAAAACACAUGUGCCUGCUAAUGCUUUGAAUUUUUCUUGCUUUUUGAGACUCUUUAAUGAAAACCUUUGCUUUUAGGGAUUCUGCUAUGAAAACACACCAAGGGGGGAAACAGAAACUCCUUAUAAAUAAGUUCCUUAGUAAGACAAUCCCUCCCUUUUAAGGAAAAACGUUCCUCCCUGCAGAACAUGAAUGAUCCUUUCUGAUGCUGCUUUUAACGAGUUAACUAAUGCAUUUUUUUUUAAUGAACAAAACAGAAAGCAUGUGAAUGAUUUACGUCUGCGCUCUUACCGGCUUACGCUUCACUCAGAUGACGGAAAACGUGUUAAAUGAUAUGCUGCAGGAGGCAGGAGAGAGAGAGAGAGAGAGAGAGAGAGAGAGAGAGAGAGAGAGAGAGAGAGAGAGAGAGAGAGAAGGACCACUGAGUGAUAAGCACAAAAUAUACAGUGCCAAGAAUAUAUAAACUAUAAUCAUUAGGUUCACUAUGUUACUGUAUAUAUUACUGUAUAUUACUGUACGUUAUAGAAAUGUAUAUUACAUUCUAUCAGACAUGCUGAAUGUCAGAUUCGACUAAACCGAGACUGAAGCCCAAAGCCUUCUGUGAUGUAAGUCCAUAAAUCCUCUCUCUCUCUCUCCUGCUCUCGAUUCCUCUCCUGGUUUACAGGUGUGUAAUGAGUGAAUAUCUCUACGUCUUCCAUUAGAGUUGUCUCAGUAUUCAGGGGCUCUGGCAUCUCAGUUCUUUGGGAUUUUUUAACAGAGCAGUUUUACAUUAAAUUUGACUUUCUUUUUAGUCCAAACUGAAACAGGAAGUAGAAAGGUUUCAGUCUGGAACACAGAAGGAACAUAAUUCACUUUAAAGGGUUAAUGUGUGGCAGCAAUAAGAGCAGCGUGGAACCCUGGGGUUCUGUGUGCUGUAUUGUUCAUCCUGUAAGAGCGAUACUGCGCCUGUCAUUGUGCUGAUGUACAGCUUUGUACUGACGCCGUUAGCGUUAACUGUCCGUGUUACUGAUGAUUUCAGGAAUUCAGUAGAUGCUCUGAUUUCAAAAGGCAAUACUUUCAGUCAUUUUCUUGUUUGUUUCAUUGAGAAUGCAGUUCAGUUUCUUUGUUGUAUCUCUCACGUGUGUUUGGUAUCACGUGUGUUUGGUAUCACGUGUGUUUGGUAUCACGUGUGUUUGUUAUCACGUAUGUUUGGUAUCACGUGUGUUUGGUACAUAUCAGCCCCACAUUCACAAAAGCAAACAGCGAGAGAAGGCCAAAUGUUUGCUGUGGAAGUGUGUUGUUGUUUCCAGUGGCGAUACCAAGAGCAGGCUUUGAGUUUAAAGCACGUCUUCGCAGGACGUGAUAAAUAUGAUGAAAAUGGAAUGGACUUAAUUUCAUACGAUCGAUUCGUACACGAACUCCGAAUGAAAGAGCAGAAGUCAAAUCUGACAUAAUUACAGUGCGGAGCAGAGAGUGACAUCAUCCAGCAGGACAACCGUGUGACUUCAGACAGAACGCAGGCUGACAUCCAAAUCAGCUUCAAAUUUAAUUCAAACUCAAAUGAAGUCAAUAUGAAAGAAAUCUACCAAUGAUUUUAAAGUGAAACCGAAUUUACUUUUGCUUGCUGUUCUGAAUGUGCUGUCGCUCACAGUGCACAUUUAUUGGCUAAGACUUUUUCCUCUAGACAUUCUGGCUGUCAUUCUGUUUAUUGCUUAAGCAUGCCUAAGCAAUCUAGACUUAAUAUAAAAUCCUGAACUAUAUGAAUGUACUUUAGCUUGCAGUGCACUUUCAUUGCUUUUCCUGUAGUCUUUGUUCUUUUAGUUCAAACUUAAGCAUGCAUAAGCAAUAUAGACUUAAUAUAACACCGUGCUAAAUUAAAACAAAGCUCUUAAGGCUGGUUUGGUGACUUUAGGCUUAGCAUAACGCCAUCUUACAUGAUAAACUCCACGGUCCUCCAGUACAAUAAUGUUAAAAGAAGCGAGUGCCUGCAUGAGCAUUCUGGUUAAAAUGCCUCGUCUUUUAAACAGGAACACUUUACUGUUCUCUACCUUCUAUUCUUAAACCAUGUCACUGUUAUCAGAGGAUCUUCAAAAACAAAAGAAAACAAAAAAGAAAAACUACCAAAAAAAAAAAAAACUACCAAAAAACAAAACUAAACAGAAAUCCCACCCCUUCAUGGCCACUUGGUAUCUUAUACACUGAAAACAGUUUGUGGAACUCGGCACUGAGUCACAAUCAACAUACUGACUGCCUCAAAAUAUUAAGCUAUGUGUAAAACAAACAAACAAACAAACAAACAAACAAACAAACAAAC